UCAUAUUUAAAUAGAAUUAUUGUCAAAAUUAUCUAAAACAACUAAUUAGAUAAAACUCAAUUGCUUUAUAUUCUCUCUAACAAAAUCUUCGCCGGUAACUUUUGAUUUUCCGAGUUCGGAUUGAAUAUGUCAGAUUCCGAUCGUGUUCCAACAAGUUAUUCCGGGCUGCAUGAACCUUCCGGUGAAGCUGAGUCUCUGUUUGGGAGAAUUGAUCCCAAAAAGUUUGGAGAUCGUGUUUACCGGAGUACGCCGCCGGAGAAAAUUCAGAAGAAGAAGCGGGAACGAUUUGUUGUCUCUGAGACCACUAUACAGAACAAGAAGAGACGGAGGAUUCAGGGAGAAGAAAGUUCUGUUCUUAAUUGGGCAGAGGAAGGAGGAGUUUACCAGCCGAAAACUAAGGAAACUAGAGCUGCUUAUGAGUCUUUGCUCAGUUUGAUUCAGAAUCAAUUAUGUGGACAGCUUCUCAACAUUGUGAGUGCGGCGGCUGAUGAGAUUUUGGCUGUGCUAAACGACGGUUUUUCCAGUAAUUCUGAUAAGAAAAAGAUGGAGAUUGAGAAGGUGUUGAAUUCCGUAUCGAAUAAGGUAUUUGAUAAGUUUGUGUCAAUUGCAAGAUUUAUUACUGAUUAUCAAUGUGAUGGUCAUCGUGAUGAUGAAGUGCUUUAUGAUGAUGAUGUUGGUGUAGCAGUUGAUUUUGAGGAGAACGAAGAAGACGUAGAAGAAAGUGAUCUUGAUGUGGUGCUAGAUGAUGGAGAAGAGGAUGAGUAUGUGCAGCUGGAAGGUAAUGUUGCUGGUAAUAUGCAGAUGGGCAGCGGCGGCAUUGAUGAUGAAAUAUUGCAGGAAGCUGAUCUGGGCAUGGCUUUGAAUGUUCAGUAUAUAGAUGCUUAUUGGCUUCAAAGAAAGAUUUCUCAAGCUUAUGAGCAGCAGCAGAUUGAUCCGCAACAGAGUCAAAAGCUUGCUGAAGAGGUUUUUAAAAUUCUUGCUGAAAGUGGUGAUGAUCGUGACGUGGAAACAAAGUUGCUGGUGCAUCUGCAAUAUGACAAGUUUAGUCUAAUCAAGUAUCUUCUGAGAAACCGGCUAAAGGUAGUGUGGUGUACUCGUCUCGCAAGGGCUGAAGACCAGGAAAAGAGGAAGAAAAUCGAACAAGACAUGUUGGGGUUGGGGCCAGAUCAUGCUGCAAUAUUACAACAGUUGCAUGCUACUACUAGGGAAACUGCGAAAGAGAGACAGAAGAAUUUGGAGAAAAGCUUUAGGGAAGAAGCUAGGCGACUUAAGGAUGCAUCUGGUGCAGAUGGUGAAGAUCUUGAUAAUGGUUGGUCGAUGGGCCAGCGUUCAUUGCUCAAUCUUGACAGCCUUGCGUUCCAUCAGGGUGGUUUGUUGAUGACAAAUAAAAACUGUGAGCUCCCAGCAGGAUCAUAUAGGAAUCAUAUGAAGGGUUAUGAGGAAGUUCAUGUGCCAGCAUUGAAGCCAAAGCCAUUAGCUCCCGGAGAAAAGCUUGUGAACAUCUCUUCCCUUCCACAGUGGGCACAACCAGCUUUCACUGGAAUGAUCCAAUUGAACAGGGUGCAGAGUAAAGUAUAUGAAACCGCCCUUUUUACUCCUGAGAACAUCUUACUGUGUGCUCCCACAGGAGCUGGCAAGACUAAUGUAGCUAUGCUCACUAUACUUCAUCAAAUUGGAUUGAACCGUAAGGAAGAUGGAUCUUUCAAUCAUAACAAUUAUAAGAUUGUCUAUGUGGCACCAAUGAAAGCCCUUGUUGCUGAAGUAGUUGGCAAUCUCUCCAGGCGUUUGGAGCUCUACGGUGUCACUGUGAAAGAAUUGAGUGGAGAUCAGUCACUAACUCGUCAACAGAUUGAAGAAACUCAACUUAUUGUGACAACUCCGGAGAAAUGGGAUAUCAUAACCAGAAAGUCGGGUGAUCGGACAUCUACACAGCUUGUUUAACUUCUUAUAAUUGAUGAGAUACAUCUCCUGCAUGACAACAGAGGUCCUGUUUUGGAAAGUUUAAUCGCAAGAACUAUCAGACAAAUUGAGACCACGAAAGAGCAUAUCCGGCUGGUUGGGUUGUCAGCGACACUUCCAAAUUUUGAGGAUGUGGCAGAGUUUUUGAGAGUUGAUCUGAACAAAGGCCUCUUCUAUUUUGACAAUAGUUACAGGCCUGUCCCGUUGGCUCAACAGUAUGUUGGAAUUACUGUUAAGAAGCCGUUGCAGAGAUUCCAGCUGAUGAAUGAUGUUUGCUAUGAGAAGGUAACCAGUGUGGCAGGAAAGCAGCAAGUGCUUAUUUUUGUCCACUCAAGGAAGGAAACAACAAGGACAGCUCGUGCAAUACGAAAUACUGCACUUGCUAAUGACACAUUAGGUAAGUUUUUAAAGGAGGACAGUUUAAAUCGAGAAAUUCUUCAGUCUCAUGCAGAUCUUGUCAAAAACAAUGAUCUCAAGAAUCUUUUAUCAUAUGGUUUCGCAAUUCAUCAUGCGGGGUUGGUUAGGACCGAUCGUCAACUUGUGGAGGACCUCUUUGCUAAGGGACAUGUGCAAGUUCUGGUGUCAACAGCAACCUUAGCUUGGGGUGUCAAUUUACCUGCACAUACUGUCAUUAUAAAAGGAACUCAGAUAUACAACCCUGAGAAAGGAGCCUGGACCGAACUGAGUCCCCUUGAUGUUAUGCAGAUGCUUGGCCGUGCUGGAAGGCCUCAAUAUGACACUUAUGGAGAAGGAAUCAUCAUAACUGGACACAGUUCACUGAAAUAUUAUCUUUCUCUAAUGAAUCAGCAACUUCCUAUUGAAAGUCAGUUCAUAUCUAAGUUGCCUGAUCAGUUGAACGCAGAGAUUGUCCUUGGGACUGUGCAGAAUGCCAAAGAGGCAUGCAAGUGGAUCCUCUAUACUUACCUCUAUGUUCGAAUGGUACGAAAUCCCAGUCUUUAUGGUCUUGCUGCUGCUGGUGUCAAAAUUGAAGAUGCUUUUGAGGAAAGGUGUGCUGACUUGGUUCAUUCUGCAGCUGCAUUACUGGACAAAAACAACCUGAUUAAGUAUGAUAGGAAGAGUGGAUAUUUCCAGGUGACUGACUUGGGUCGCAUUGCUAGCUGUUACUACAUAAGUCAUGGGACAAUUUCCACAUUCAAUGAGCACUUGAAAUCAACAAUUGGUGACAUGGAGCUUUGUAGAAUCUUCUCUCUCAGUGAGGAGUUCAAAUGUGUAACAGUAAGGCAGGAUGAGAAAAUGGAAUUGGCAAAGCUUCUGGAUCGUGUUCCCGUUCCUAUAAAAGAGAGUCUUGAGGAGCCAAGUGCCAAGAUCAAUGUUCUAUUGCAGGCAUAUAUUUCACAGCUGAAGCUUGAGGGGCUGUCUUUGUCAUCGGACAUGGUCUAUAUAACUCAAAGUGCUGCACGUCUGAUGCGAGCCCUUUUUGAGAUAGUUCUGAAAAGAGGAUGGGCUCUAUUAGCUGAUAAGGCUUUGAAAUGGUGCAAGAUGAUAAGUAAGAGGAUGUGGAGUGUGCAGACACCACUUCGCCAAUUCCAUGGCAUUCCAAAUGAAAUCUUGAUGAGAUUGGAAAAGAAAGAUUUGGCUUGGGAGCGGUAUUAUGAUCUUUCAUCACAAGAGUUAGGGGAGCUUAUUCAUUUCCCGAAGCAGGGAAGAACACUUCACAAAUUCAUUCAUCAAUUCCCAAAGCUGAACCUUGCAGCACAUGUUCAACCAAUUACUCGCUCUAUCCUGAGGGUAGAAUUGACUAUGAAACCAGAUUUCCAGUGGGAGGAUAAGGUCCAUGGUUAUGUAGAACCCUUCUGGGUUAUUGUAGAAGAUAAAGACAGGGAGAGAAUUCUUCAUCAUGAAUAUUUCAUGCUGAAGAAGCAGUAUAUUAAUGAGGACCAUACUUUGAACUUCACUGUCCCAAUUUAUGAACCAUUGCCUCCUCAAUACUUCAUCCAUGUUGUGUCUGAUAGAUGGCUAGGGUCCCAAACUGUUUUACCAGUUCCUUUCCGGCACCUGAUUUUACCAGAGAAGUAUCCUCCUCCCACCGAGUUGCUAGACCUGCAACCUCUACCAGUUACUGCAUUGAGGAAUCCAGCAUAUGAAGCGCUUUAUCAAGAUUUAAAGCAUUUUAAUCCAGUUCAAACUCAGGUUUUUACAGUCUUGUACAACUCAGAGGACAACGUCUUGGUUGCAGCUCCAACUGCUAGUGGGAAGACCAUUUGUGCUGAACUUCCCAUAUUAAGAAAUCAUCAGAAAGGACCUGAUAGUAUUUUCCGUGCAGUGUAUAUAGCUCCCCUUGAGGCUCUUGCUAAGGAGCGAUACAGUGAUUGGAAGAAGAAAUUUGGGGAUUCUCUUGGAAUGAGAGUGGUUGAAUUAACUGGGGAAACCGCGACUGAUUUGAAACUGUUAGAGAAGGGUCAGUUAAUCAUUAGCACACCUGAGAAAUGGGAUGCUUUAUCCCGCCGUUGGAAACAGCGCAAGUAUGUUAGGCAAGUGAGUCUUUUCAUUGUUGAUGAACUGCACCUGAUUGGUGGCCAAGGCGGUGAAGUGCUAGAGGUGAUUGUCUCUCGGAUGCGAUAUAUCUCAAGCCAGGUAGAGAACAAGGUUCGUAUUGUUGCUUUGUCAACUUCCCUGGCGAAUGCCAAGGAUUUGGGGCAAUGGAUUGGGGCUACAUCUCAUGGACUUUUCAACUUUGCUCCUUGUGUCAGGCCUGUGCCACUUGACAUACAUAUUCAGGGUGUUGACAUUGCUAACUUUGAGGCUAGGAUGCAAGCCAUGACAAAACUCACGUAUACUGCAAUAGUACAACAUGCAAUGAAAGGAAAACCAGCAAUAGUGUACGUCCCCACAAGGAAGCUUGCACGCCUUGCUGCGGUGGAUCUGAUGACUUACUCAAGCAUGGACAACAAAGGCACACCUGUGUUUUUGAUGAAAUCUGAAACAGAGCUGGAGUCUUUUAUGGAGAGAAUCAACGAGCCUGUGCUAAAAGAAACACUAAGGUAUGGUGUGGGCUACUUGCAUGAAAGCUUGUCUGGCACAGAUCAGGCUAUAGUGAAGACACUCUUUGAAACUGGAUGGAUUCAAGUAUGUGUAAUGAGCAGUAAAAUGUGUUGGGGAGUGCGCCUCUCUGCCAAGCUGGUGGUGGUUAUGGGAACGCAGUACCAUGAUGGUAGGGAAAAUGUGCACAGUGACUAUCCAGUGAGUGAUUUAUUGCAGAUGAUGGGUCAUGCCAGUCGACCUCUUGUAGAUAGCUCGGGGAAGUGUGUCAUCCUCUGCCAUGCACCACGCAAGGACUACUACAAGAAUUUCUUGUAUGAAGCAUUCCCAGUUGAGAGCCAUUUACAGCACUAUCUCCAUGAUAAUUUCAACACAGAGAUUGUUGUUGGAGUUAUUCAGAACAAGCAGGAUGCAGUAGAUUACCUUACAUGGACAUUUAUGUACAGAAGGCUCACUCAGAAUCCAAACUACUAUAAUCUGCAGGGUGUUAGUCACAGGCAUAUUUCGGAUCACCUCUCAGAGCUGGUGGAGAAUACUAUCAGUGACUUGGAGUUAAGCAAGUGUGUUGCUGUGGUAGAUGACGUUUUGCUUUCACCCCUGAAUCAUGGAUUGAUUGCAUCAUAUUAUUACAUCAGUUACACGACAAUAGAACGUUUUACCUCUUCUUUGACCUCCACAACGAAGUUGAAGGGCUUGCUUGAAAUUUUGGCUUCAGCAACAGAGUAUGAACAGCUUCCAAUAAGACCCGGUGAAGAGGAGUUGAUAAGAAGGUUAGUUAAUCAUCAGCACUUCUCUUUUGGGAAUCCCAAAUACACAGACCCUCAUGUCAAGGCUAAUGCUCUGUUACAAGCCCACUUCUCUAGGCAAAUGGUAGGUGGGAAUCUUGCUUCUGAUCAGCAAGAGGUACUUCUUUCUGCUUGUAGGUUGCUUCAAGCAAUGGUUGAUGUAAUAUCCAGUAAUGGAUGGCUGAAUCUAGCACUUCUAGCAAUGGAAGCGAGCCAGAUGAUCACUCAAGGAAUGUGGGGGCACUAUUCUGAGCUUCUUCAACUUCCACACGUCACAAAGGAAUUGGCUAAGAAGUGCCAAGAGAAUCCAGGAAAGAGUGUAGAGAGUGUGUUUGAUCUAGUGGAGAUGAAAGAUGAUGAGAGGUAUGAGCUCUUGCAAAUAUCAGAGUCACAGCUUGUGGAUAUUGAUCGUUUCUGCAAGCAGUAUCCAUACAUUGAUUUGACAUACGAUGUGCUGAACGGUGAUAAUGUGAGAGCAGGAGACAAUGUGAAUUUACACGUAAGUCUUGAGCGAAGAUCUGAGAUUGGACCUGUGCUUGCGCCUAGAUACCCUAAAGACAAGGAAGAAGUAUGGUGGCUUGUUGUUGGUGAUACUAAAAGCAACCAACUAGUAGCUAUUAAGAGGGUUAAUCUUCAGAGGGAGUCAAGGAUCAAGCUUGAUUUCACCGCCCCUGCUGAAGCUGGAACGAGGAAGUAUAAACUCUAUUUCAUGUGUGAUUCUUAUCUAGGUUGUGAUGAGGAACACACUUGUGAAGUUGACAUAAACCACGUAAUGCCUGAAGACGACAGUUGAAGAGAGUGACAUAGCUUUUACUUUUUGGCAACCUGAUUCCUGCAUCACUUGUGGUUCACCAGUCUGUAGGAGAUAAAGUUGGCAAUACAUGAGGCAAAUGGCUAUAUCCUGGGUUUGGAAGUUGGGUAUUUUCCUAUUAUGUUUUGACUACUUGGCAGCCAGAAAGGAGAGAGCUGAUGUGUUUUCAUUGCUAAAGUGAAGAGAUCCACCACAAGGAUCCAUGUAGCAUUCUGUCAGGUAAUUCCGUGAAUGGCCUAACUGAGAGAUGGUUUUUUGUCUAUUGGCUGAAUAUCACAGAGGAAUGUUGCACCUGAUAACCACCAUCCGUUUUUCAAGGUUCACAAGCCUGAGGUCUGUUUCUGUUAUUCCUAUCUAUCUUUUCAUGCUUCACACCUGAACUUGCACAAAUAAGAUCAUAUUCACAUUUCUUCAUUUAGACCUGAGAAAUGCGCUCAUAGAUCUUAAUUUAGAGCAUUAAGUCUAUUUUCAAUCUAAAGUAAAAGACAGUAUAUAGAAUACUGCUAAUCUUGUUUUUAGUU